AGUCUCGACUGCCUGAUACAACCAUCUUCAGGGCCGAAUCGCUCGUCUGCGCUCUCUGCCUACCGCUCACGCAAGCCUUUGCAAACUCACCGGGUGGAAUGACAAUCAUCGUCGCUCGCUUCGAUCCUUCAUGGCUCUCACCGGUUCUUUUUCUCUAUUUUAUGGGGGACUGCCUGAGUGAAAUGGCUGGAGCCGCCGCUUGUUCGGAUGCUUGGAUCUCUGACGUUACUCGUCAUGCCCGUCAAGUCCGAACAUACAGACGGUAUCUCUGGCUCGCUAAAUCGCAGUGAGCUCUUUAUGAUCGUUGCUUGUUCUCGCGCAUACACUCGGAGGGGAUAAGCGGGACCUUGAGAUGGCCCUCUCAUGCUUUCAGCCCUAAUGACGAACAAUGAUUCAGCGUGGCUCAUUUCUGUAUGUAUCUCGACUCGGCCGACCAUCUUUCCCUUCCUCUCCUACAAUGAACGCACCCUUCUCAGCGAGUGGAAGCCGCAACAUGUCGCUCAGUUGUGCGGUAGCACCCACCCCAAGUCCGGCAACCCCCAAACUGGCUCGUCACCGGCCUCCAGCGGAUCUAUCAGCGAUCCUCUAGCGACCGCUACCAGAUCGUGUUCCGCUGGGCGGAUGGCACGUGGAGGAUCGAAUGUCCAAACUAUCCGGGGGAGACUACGUGAUGCUGUUUGUGUCGCAUUGGGCAAGAUUGCGGUCGAUCGGUGCUCGAGACGUAUGAGGCUAGGCCGGGCCAGACGGCGACUGGCUUCAUGUUGCGUGCGAGGGACAGGGCGCAUUGGCGGCAUGUGAAGCAGAGUGUAGCGAAAUUUGGGCUGAUGUCGUCAGCUCAGCAGCCCGCCUAUCACUUUUUUUUUCGGGUACAGAAGCUUUGUCCUGCAUCGCCGGACAGUAGUUGGCGCGGUUGAAAGCUGUGGUAUCGUAAGACUUGUUGUAAUCGUAGCCCCAAUUCGACAUAAACUAGUAAGCAACAAGAUCAAGG